ACGUGAGUCACAUUGUCCUCUUAGUUCUGCGUCAGUCAGUUUUACUCCCACCGUGUGUGCUUGUGUAUGUGUGUAGAGCCGACACUUAGGUCCACAGAAGCAACUACACACCACCUUGCCUUGUUUACCAGAAUGCAUCUCACCACAGAGGAGAAAAUAGAGCUCGGAUUCAAGGAACGAGGAUCAAUCAAUCUUGCAUUUGUGGGCAAAGACAGUGAUGAACAGCCAGAGCUGACAGUGGACAUCGAGGAGCCACACACAGAGGCCCUGGAGGAGCCUGUGGACAAAGGUGGUGAUUUGGUUUACUCCCUCAACGACAGGCCGCCGUGGUACCUCUGUAUUCUGCUCGGCUUCCAGCAUUACAUCCUCGCUUUCGGCGGCAUCAUUGCGAUCCCGCUCAUCCUGGCCGAGCCGCUCUGCAUAAAGGACAACAACGCCGCCAAGAGCCAGCUCAUCUCCACCAUAUUCCUGGUGUCGGGAUUAUGCACGCUGAUGCAGACGGCCGUCGGCACCAGGUUACCAAUCCUCCAGGGUGGGACCUUCAGUUUCAUCACGCCGACUCUGGCCAUUCUCGCUCUGCCCAAGUGGCAGUGUCCAGCUCCGAAAGCACCGGGGAUCCUGUCCAUGCCGCUGCAGAACAGUACCAGCCCGCUGCAGAUGGAAGAUUCUGACGAGGUCUGGAUGUCACGAAUGCGCGAGAUCCAGGGAGCCAUACUGGUGUCCUCCCUGCUCCAGAUCAUCCUGGGCUUUUCCGGGCUGGUGGGCCUCGUGCUCAAAUUUAUCGGUCCUCUAGCUAUCGCUCCCACCAUCAACCUCAUUGGCCUGUCGCUGUUCAUUGAGGCUGGAAAGAAGUGUGGCGGUCACUGGGGAAUAGCUGCUCUCACGGUCGGCCUGAUCCUCCUGUUCUCCCAAUAUCUCAGCAAAGUCGACGUCCCCAUGAUCGCAUACAAGGAUAAGAAGUGGAAGGUUUUCCAGUAUCCGCUCUUCAAGCUGUUCUCUGCUUUGUUCGGGAUGUGCGGCGGCUGGCUGGUCUGCUUCUUACUGACCAUCUUUGACGUCCUGCCUUCGAAGUCUGAUGAGUACGGCUACUCAGCCAGGACCGACAUCAGUCUGGAGGCUGUGACGAACUCUCCAUGGUUCCACGUGCCUUACCCAGGUCAGUGGGGUAUGCCCACAGUGAGCGUAUCGUCAGUGCUUGGUAUGAUGGCAGGCGUCUUGGCAUCUACCAUGGAAUCAAUCGGUGACUACUACGCUUGUGCUCGCUUGUCCGGUGCCCCUCCACCACCGACUCACGCCAUCAACCGAGGCAUCGCUGUGGAGGGCAUCGGCUGCAUCCUGGCUGCGCUGUGGGGAACUGGAAACGGCACCACGUCCUAUAGCCAGAACAUUGCUGCACUUGGCAUUACCAAGGUUGGCAGCCGGCUGGUCCUCCAGACGACCGGCAUUCUCAUGGUCGUCCUGGGAAUCUUUGGGAAGUUUGGAGCAGUUUUUAUCACCAUCCCAGACCCGGUCAUUGGAGGCAUGUUCCUUGUUAUGUUUGGGAUGAUCGCAGCAGUGGGGAUAUCCAACCUUCAAUAUGUGGACCUGAACUCGUCCCGUAACCUCCUCAUUCUUGGCUUCUCCACCUUCAGCGGUCUUGUCUUACCUUCCUGGUUUCACUCCAAUCCUGGCAUCAUCGACACAGGAAUACAAGAGCUUGACCAAGUGAUUGUGGUGCUCUUCACCACGCACAUGUUCAUCGGAGGGUUCUUUGGGUUCAUCCUGGAUAACACCAUUCCAGGUACUGAAAAAGAGCGGGGCAUCAAGAACUGGCAGGACAAGGUGCAAGGGGAAAGCAAAAACAUGUGUGACCAAUCAUGUUAUGAUAUCCCCUUCUGCAACAGUGUUUUGAAACGGUUUAAAUGUUUCCAGUACCUGCCCUUUCUCCCUGCUUACAAGACCAGCCAAGAGGGGAUGUCCAAGUAAUGAAGUGUGAACUUACAGAGUAGCAGUGAUGCUGGUCUGUUAGCCCUAUAAAGCCAAACAGUAGCUACUGAGCAUUGAAAAACAGAGGAAGUGAAACUGGGAAAAUGCAUUAACAAUGGGCUUCCUGUUGGCACAGUUGCUUUUAUAUACUUUUUGGUGAUAUAAAACUUCAGUGUGGGGCGAUAGUGUUAACAACUGAGCCACUGUGACACUCUGCUCCAGUUUCCUACCACAGGUCAAAAACAUAAACUUUUGUUGACUGGCUAAAAUAAAAUUUAUAUUCUAAAACUUUGUUUAAAACCUCUUAAACAAAAGCAACUGUUUGCCUUUAUGGAGUAGUGAGCAUCUUUAUUCAGUCGGGGUACAACCAGCUGUGGCUUUAACCUUCUAGUUUGCAUCUAAAAACCACCAUUCACUGCAGACAGGGGUGCUGAUGCCUCGCCCUAAACACAUACUUCUGAGGGAAUAAAAGAUAACCCACAGUGAAUGAGGGUCUGUUAAAUAAACACUAUAUAAUCUAAACCUAAUAAUUUCUUUAUUUUUUUGUUCUUAAACAGUCAGACACUGAUUUAAACUUUUUGAUUGAAUUAAAGAACAAAGUUGAGUUGCUGUGUCUCCUUACAGCUGGAAUUCAACAAAAUAAACCCCCUCCACAUCAUUUCCAGGUUAGUAAAACAUUCGUAGUGCCUGAACAAGCAAAGAGCAGCAUGAUACACUGAGGAGAAGAAUCAUCAGUCUUCAUGAAGAGCUCGCUAAGAUAUUAAUUAGACUCACCUUUGAUUUUUAAAACAGAGUGUCAAAAAGUAUAGGCUACAUCUGCGAAUCUCCCUGAGUGAGUGAGUGAGUGAGUGAGUGAGUGACACCACUGACCGGCCAGCUGAGUGUUGGACUUUUCCCAUUGGCCAUUGCUCUUUAAAAAUGAUUUGGUGUGAACAGUUUUAUUGCAUCAUCAGGGGGAUGUUUACAGCGGAUCCACAACAGUUUCCCAUAUCUCCUCAAAUAAAAAAAUAUGACCAGGGCCUUUAUUUGAGGCAGGCCUUUAUUUCUAAUCUCCUCUGUUUGAUAUCAUUCCAGUAUUUUAUUCUGACGCCUUGUUUUGAGCCGCCUUGUUAAAAUUUCUUCUUUACGAGUUAAUUCAAACUUCCUGUUACCGUUUCAACUUAAAAGCCCUCUAGUAUCUCAGUGGACAGGAAAUCUUCAUUUCUCAACAGGGCUUUAAUUUCUAUGCUGACGUGCUGCAAGAAGUGUAUUGUCUCAUUUCCCGUUGCUGCCAAUUCCAGCCCACCGAUGUUGCGACUCACAGUGGAUUUCACUGUCAGCGUUCGUACUCCUGUGACAAUAUCCUACUUAUUUUUGCGCUGACAGUACGUUGUGUUAAAUAAUAGUGUUGUGGCACACCUGGCCAAGUGGUGCUCUCCAUGGUUCUGAAAGGGGGAUUUAAUUGUAGCAUGUUAAACUAGCAUUGACCCUUUUAUUUUGUUGUGUAUGAUUGCAUUCCCAAUGUGUCCGCGUGAGGAAAGGAGAAGGAAAAUAGUAGAAAUUUUGCCCUGGACACAAGCGUAUUUUUCAAAAAUUGCACCAUGCACACACCCAUACACGGUCCAGCCAUGUACUAGCUUUAUACUUGGUCUUGUUAAAACCACAUCUUUGCAUUAUUUAUGUUUCAAAAAUGCCACUGAUCUCAUUUCUACCAAAACCAAGUGGCUUUCACAUAGAAAUAAAUUAAUGAUUCUUCACCGAACUGAUGCACUGUUCCAAUACAAGGCAAAAAAA